GGUUUAUUCGAUGGGUGCGUUACUUUGAAAGUCAGAUGGAAGCUGUUAGGGUUAGAAAGCCUAAACUGAAGACUGCCGACAUCAUUGCUCGUUUGGAAUCUAUUAAAGUGCCUGAUGAACCUCUGCCAGUGGAAUCUGAAGUGUUUGAAAAUUUUGAGCUUGCAGUUUCUCAACCUGAAGCUACUUUUCGAUAUGAACAAGAAGCCGUUCAUCUGGAUGAUCAGUCAUUCAGUUCCAAAGAGCAGACUUAUACCUAUCCUUCAUUGGAUGAUCACUUCUCUAAACCUCAUCUGGAACAAAUAAAAUCUGUUGAUUCCGAUAUCUAUUUCCAUGCUGUUGACGAAAAAAAACAAGAAGUUAAGGCUUCUGCACCUAUUUUAAUUGAAAGCAUGCAAGAAGAGGAUAAACUGGCUUUUGAUAACUUCCCUGCUCCUCUCAGCUCAGAACAUCUUAGAAAUUUAUAUAUCAACCGUUCUAUUGAUAGAAUUACCGAAAUUGAACAAAUUUUCUUAAAAGGAUCUGAGUUUGAACUAGAAAUAGUCUCCAAUUCCAAUGAGUUCAACCCUCCAGAGGAUCCGUUCCAUCUGCUUCUAUACAAGUAUGCAGAUAACUGGGGGAAGUGGUGGCAAGCGCUUAAGCGUCUAGAUAAAGUUCUAACAGAGUCCUCUGGGAUGGAACAAUCAGUAUGGAUGGUUACGAAAGUCAAUCGAAGUGUUGAGGGUAAAUGUCAAGACAAAAAGACGGUUUAUCUCAAGUAUGAAUAUGAAAAAGCAGAACUCAGCCAAUCUGUACUCAGUGAAUUGAAUGAAACGAAUGAAGUAUCUCGUUGGAUUAUUUUUGAGGAAAUCCCUCUUAUUGCAUAUCAGUUGGUCUUAUGUAGAAAUCGAAUUGAAGAAUAUUUAGCAAAUAUUUUAACACAAUGUUCAAUCUACGAGAAUUUAACUGCAUCACAACCGGGAAUAUUAAUUGGCCCAAUAGUUGAUUGUACACAUUUAGUCCAAUUAAAGGAGCUACGAUCAACAUGUUCUAUACUUUUUGCAUGUUUACGCCAAUUUUGGUUGAAUCAAUAUGGUGGUCGUACACAUGAUCCAACAUUUCUUAAACAUGUGUCUAACUGGUUAAUUUUAACUGCUGGUUUAACUGUUCGUGCUUGUAGACCAGAGGAUCAUGUAUUCAUCUUGAUGCAGUUAUUACGUCUACCAUCACAACUGAUCAAGUUAUUUGUAUGCUUAUUACAACCACCAGAUCCAACUAUUGCAUGGGAAAGAACAAAAAAUCUUGUCGAUUUCUUAUAUCAACCAGAAGUUGAACUUAUACUGACAUUGUUUUCAGUGUGUUUACGUCCUGUUCGAGAACGAGAACGUUUUGUAACUCCUCUAACUAUAUCAACACCAUAUGGCGAAACAAAUUUCACCUUAAAUAAAGAUGAAACACUUUGGACUACAGUUGAUUCAGCUGGUGAAAGUGAUACAGAAGAUAGAAUUGAUCUCAAUAAUAAAAGAAAAAAGAAUUCAACAUCUAAACUACUCGAAAUGUGUACAUCAUCAUCUAAUAGUCAAGAAUCAUGUACAUAUUUAAGUCCUGAUGAUUUAGACCUUCUACUUGGACAGUUAAGAAUUGAACGUCUUCUACAACUUUUAGCCUAUGAUUAUAUUCCUCAACGUAUAAAUGUAGAAGAAUAUCAAAUUAAUGAGUCUGGAUUUAUGACUUCAAUUGCAUUUGCUGAUCGAAUGUUAAGCUUAAUUGAAGCAUGUGAGAAAAUCUACUCAGAUUACGUUCCUCCACCUGGUCCACAAACUCAUUUAGGCUCUUGGCGUUCAUUAGCCAAACGAUUGGCGCGUUUAAUUAGGUUAUUACUUAUUGCCAUUGGCUAUCGGAUACAAAACACAAUACAUCAACAACAUCAUUACCAAGGAAUGUUAUUGAAUUCACAAGAAUUCAUGCUUAUUUUAUCACAGUAUGAUAGCUUAUGUCUUCGUGCAACCCGUUGUCUAUUGGUAUCAGGUAGUGGUUUACCUGAAAAUUAUCGAAAAGCUGGUCUACUCACAUGUUGGCGUAAUUUAGCCUGUACACUACCAUUAGGUUUAACUCUGGUUAAAUCGAAACAAGAAUUAUUUUAUAUAAUUAUACAAUCGGUUUUACAAAAUAAUAAUAAUAGUGAUCAUCGUAAAAGUAAUGAAGAUUAUAUUUGUCAUAAAAUUAAAGAGUGUAUAAUGCAUAAUAACAGUGAUUUAGAAUUUACUUUACCUGAUAUAAUAUUAGAUAAAUUACAUCAUGUAUUAUUAUCAAUUGGAUUGAAUGAACUUGGUCUUUCUGUAGUUAUUAGUGUAUUGGGUAAAUUAGCGUCAUAUGAAUGUCGACCGAGAAUUGUAUUCUACACUACAUCUACUACGCCUACAUCGUCAACAGUAGCCUCAACGAAUACUUCUUAUAGAUAUGAAUUAGUUAAAGAAGAGGCUGUAUUAAUCAAGUGUAUCCUGCGUAUUAUAUUCGGUUUAUCCAUCUAUCACCGAUCACAGGAUGUUAUGAAUAUAAGGGAUAGUAAAACGAAGUCAAGGCAUUCAUCUAUUCUUUCAUUAUUGCCUAUAUCCCCAAAAUGUGGACGUAAACAAUUGGUUGAAAUCACUAGUAAACAUCCACAAAUAUGUUUACACUUAUUGUUCAGUCUAAUUACUGAAAGUGCUUUGGAUAUAACUAAAAAUCCAACAUUAACAUCAAAGUUGCAUAGUCGAAUAACUCAGUUAAAUCUCUGUUUCACUGAUCAAUAUGUGAGAGUAGAAGAAAUAUUGUUCCAGUUGGUUACUGAAGCUCCAUUUCAUGUGAUGCAGCCAACUGAUAAAGAAUUAGAAUUCCUAAUCAAUUCACUAUGUCAAUACACACCGAACUGUUUUUUACACAGGUUAUGUCGUUUACUUUUAUCACGUUUCAGUUGGGAUGCUUUUAAGGAUCUUCAAUCAGGUGAACCGUUUAUCCCUCUUUCUCAACACUUAAACAUGGCGUUAGGAUUAUGUGAAAUCGUCGAUAAGUAUGCCGCUGAUUUGUCUCAUUUUAAUUUGUCCAAGUUAAUUAAUCCAACACUGGUGUCAAAUAUCUAUAAAUCUGCAAAGUCUUCAGUUAACUUAUUCGCUUUUUCACUAACUGAUCAGUUUCUUCCAUCUUUGUUUAUUGGUCAACAUCGAUUAAGAAUUAAAUCCAGUGGUAUAAAUUUACCAACAAGUGGAUUAGAAGUAUCACGUCGUACACAUAGUGUAGAAAAUAUCACUAGCCAAUCAUCAUCACUAUGCUCAUCAUCAAAUUCUGAUCCUAAUUUAUCAACAAUAAAAGAUACUAUCAAUUGGGCUGUGGAAUUAUUAUUACGUCUUUUUCUUCCAGGGACUAUAUAUGAUAAACACUAUUCAACUGCUUCAAAAUCAUGUCAAGAUAAUAUUAAUCAGAUAUGGUUUAAAUUAUACGCGUUAGAUCAGAGAAAGAAACACAGUCGGACGUCGUCGUCCUCACCAUCAUUGUUGAAUCCAGUCACUUCAUUUGUUAUCUUAUCACUGAAAACUGUAUAUUCAGCGAGUAUUAACAGUACUGAUGAUAAAGUUGAUAUUUCAAACCUAUUAGGCACUUCUACAAGUAAUAGUGAAUGUCAAUUCUGGGGACCUGAGUCGCAAACAUUAAAUACACUAAUAAAAUCAAUAUUUUCCUGUAAACAUUUCAAAUUAACCCUGCGUACUUUAUUUAUUCUAUUUAAACAAGCACCAUCAUUAGUAUACUUUAAUAAUAAUAAUAAUAAUAAUAAUAAUAAUGUUGGUGGCUCUACCCAUGCAACAGAAACAUCAUCAUCAUCAUUAUAUUUACAAUUAAGUCAUUGUCUUUGUGACUUUAUUUAUUGGUUACCAUCAUUCUCACCGGAAGAAGAACAACAUUUACAACAGUUUUGGGAUGUAUUUCAUCAAUUUUCUCAAAAUCCAAUUGUACCAUCGUCAUCAUCGUCAGCUGUGAAUUUCACAGUAUUUCUUCCAUAUUUUCUAAUUGGAAUGUUUAUGGAGUUAAUGAUGAAUUCAUUGCAUAUAUCACAUCUGUUAAAUAUAAUUAAAGUUGUCGUGGAUAUUAUAUUGGAUUCAGAGGAUUGUUUUAAUAAUCUAUACACUAUCUUGCUACUUGAAUCAUUAUUGACAUUUGAAUAUUGGUGUAGAUUACAAUUUCCUACAUCAUUUACUCCUCCUUUUUCUACUGCUGCUACUACUAGCAGCACCACUACUGCGGUUAGUCCUACUUCUCAUCACUUCGAGGAAUAUAAACUGAAGCUAAGAUUGACUAGUUCUUCAGUUUUUCAGAGUUUUCAGGUUAAGUUCAAAGAAAUUGAAGAAUUCUUCAUGAAGAAUAAAUCUUAUGAUUCUUUACAACAUAUUGUUACUACAUCAUUAGAAACAGCUUAUACAUGGGCAUGGUAUCAAACAGCAUUUGUUAUCAAUACAUUGAAAUUGAAUUUGAUCAAAACACCUUUUUUAUCUAAUCAGAUGAAUAGAUCAAUUAACUCUGAAGAAUAUGGAAAAUGGAAUAAUUCAGUAGAAAAUUCCAUACUUCAUGAAUGUAUCUUCAAUCAAUUGAAUACUAAAAUUAUACAUAUUUAUUUAAAAAAUAAAGGAAUAAGUCAAUUAAAUCCACCUUAUUGGUUACUUAUAUGGUUACAGUCUGCAGAAUAUAUUCAAGAAACAUCAAAUGAUGAUAUAAUGAAUAAUAUGAAUGAUAAAUUAAAUUAUCAACAGUUAAGAUAUUGGAAAUGUAUAACUCCACUUAUCUAUUUAUAUCAAGAUGAAAUAAUUUCCGCUGGAAAUCAAUUACUAGUCAAUUGUUCUACUAAUAGUCUUCAAUCAUCACCUUAUAAAGACUCUAAUUUAUUGUUACCAUCUGUUGUUAAACAUAUUCUACAGAAAAUUUUAUUUGAAAGUGGCCUUAGUCAGCUGAUUCCUAAGACUUCAAGUGAUACUAGUAAUAAUGAAAAUGAUAAUGAUAAUAAUAAUAAUAAUAAUAAUAAUAAUAAUAAUAAUAACAGUACCAGUCAACAGAUACAUGAAUUUACCUGUCAUAAUCAAAUGUCUUCAUUAAGUGAUUCAAAUAUUGCAUGGAUAUUCAGCCAGUUUAGUCUUGUUCAUGGUGUUUAUCUGAUACAUUUAUGUCCAAUUGAACAUCCAGUGUGUUCAUUACUUAUUCAUACUAUACUCUGUCAAGUAUUCAAUCUUCAGUCAGCGGCUUGUUUUAAUGAUAAUCAACAGAGUGGUGAAUAUAAAAGUAAAAAUUUAUUUUCACCUGGAUUCCUAUUAUUACGUUGUUUACCGUCUUCAUUAUGUAUACAUGGUGGACAUUUGUCAUACUUACCAUUAUCAUCAUCAUCUUCGACAUCUUUAUCAAAUAAUAAGCAAGAGUAUCAACAGUCAUUAUUCCAAUUGAUUAUACAGAAGAUUAGAUCACUUUCAUCAGUUAAUCUACAACAACAUCCAUAUCAAGCUUCAUUUACUCAUGACUUCAAUAGUCUCAUUGACUUUUUGUGCCAAAUCGAUGGAUUAGUAUCACGUUGUCCAUUUUUGAAUACUGAUGAUAAUGUUAUCAGCUCAAAGUACUCACAUUUACUAGAUCCAACUUAUCAACAGUCUAUGAUUGAUAUACUUUUGUUUCAUAUUAAUUGGAAACCUUUGAAUUCAUUAAUGCAAACAGCGCAUUCUCUAUGGACUACUUAUCAGUAUAUGCCUAAAUCAAAUUUGAAAAGUAUAAAAGAUGAAGAUAGUUUAAAUGUUUACCCAUCAUCGUCAUCAUUAUCAUCAGUAUCUCCUGAGUCAAGUUUACUACGCCUACAGAAUAAUGAAUCUUAUGAACAUCGUGUUGAAUUAUCACGUUCAUCAUUCGAAGUAUUAUUCUCGUCAUCAUCAUUCAUGACACUACCUUCAUCAAUUGAACAAUUCGCAAACUAUAUUAAGGAUACUACAGAUGUACUACGUCAAUAUGCUAAACAAAUGUGUGAACGUAUUGAACGUAUUGAAAAGUUACAAACUGAUGUCUGUACAAAUAUUUUACCGAAACUGUAUACCCCUGUACGUGUAAAGCUCCUUCAAUAUGUUGAAUGUCAAUCAAUUCUUCCUUCUUGGAUGCCUGGUUAUCAACCGUGCUCCGGUGGAAGUAAUAUAUCAUGUGAAUAUCAAACAGAUAAACAAAGUGAAGAGAUUGAACAAUUGUAUCAAAUGAAUAAGUGUGAUAUAGAUAAAUUAAUUAAGGCAGCAAGAGAUGUAUCACAGAGUGCUGCAUGUGAUGUUCUAAAUUACAACGAAUCAACAUCAUCAUCAUCAUCAUUACCAGCCUCAGAAAGCGAUGGUGUUAGUCAGAAUUGGGCACGUACUGUACUACAAUUACAAAAUGCAGUCAGUUACUUGAUACAUAAAUCACGCCUAGUUCAUUCAGAAUUGAAUAGUAAUAAUGCAACUGUGACCAAUGUUUCAUCUCUAACAUCAUCAGCCGAUCGGACUCCUGCUACUAGUACUGCUGUCAACAACCAAUUAAAUCUUGUCCAAAGUACUGGACUACAGUGUUUUCAACAACUUUGUCAAAAUUUAUCUGGACACCUACUUCAAUGUCCAUUAACUAAACAAGUAUUUGCAAAUUGUGUUAGUGAACUUGCAAAUGAAUUUUUGACCAAUUUAUCAAGUCAACAUCAAUUAAUAUUAGAUAUGUUGGUAGCAUUACCACAUUUAUCAAAUCUUUUGUCAACAACAUUUAUACCACCUAAUCCAUCCACUUUGUAUAUAAACAGUAAGACUGAUCCUAUUUGUCAACAUCCCUUAUUGCCAAUUUAUCAGCGUUUGAUGGAUAUACGUUUUCGAUGUAAUGCACAGACAGCUCUGAAUAUCUUAGAAAAGAUUAACUUUAAAACAUGGUUUUCUAUGGAGAUCAAGUGUUAUAAUAAAGAACAAUGGAAUCAAUUAAUACAUGCUUUAUUCACUUGUAUUCAAGAGACUACCAACAUCACAACGACUACUAAUAGUAUUACCGUUGCAACUUAUUCCUCAGAAAUGAAUUCACGUUGUUCAGAAGAAAAUGAAGAUUUACACAAACUUUGUAUUGUACACUUGAAGACGCUAAUUUCAAAUCAUUAUCCGGAUAUGUUUAUUCUGGCAUUUCAAAUAUUACUACAAAAUCUUAGUAAUAACAAAUGCGUUGAUAUAUGGUUACUGUUUCAAGAUUUGUUCAUAUCUGAUAUAGACACUCACUCGGGUUUUUCAAGUUUAUCAAUGGAACAAUUAACUCAACUGCUGACACAAGUACAUCGAGAAAUGUCAUCACCUAUUACUACUGCUGCUGGUAGAUCAUCAGUUAAAUCAACAAAGGAUACUAUUGCAUCGUCUUCAUCAAUAUGCGAUUCACGUAGUCAUGUUCUGCUACCUAAUGAUAAAUGCUGUUCAAUGUUACAAAGCAAUUGUCCACAAAGUGUACAAAUUAUUAUCCGUGUUCUAACAAUAUUAGCCUGUCAAUUAUGUGAAAAAAUUGGCUGUUGUAUAUUAAAUAAUCAUUUGUCUAUACAAAAUGGUCAAUCAAUCAUUAUAGACAUGUUAGUACAAGUGUUUGGUUUGAUUUUACAAAGGUGUAUCCUAUUGCGAUAUGAUGGAAAAAUAAGUAAUUCAACUGUAUCAACUACAGUUUCACCCACAUCAUCAUUCUCACCAUCACACAUAUUGUGUCUAUCGCCAUCGUCGUUUGCGCUGUAUGCAAAGUGUUGUCUAAAUGCAUUCUCUGAAUGUCUCAACUCUGCUAUUAAAGCUUGUCCAACUGAAAAUAAUCCAACUUGGUCAAAUCAACUCAUUAAUUUAUUUCUAAUAUGGUUCACUUCUACAACCUGCAUGUUGAAUAACUUUCCAUACAGUGUAAAAAGUGUACAACCAUCUCCUAUAUCUUCUAGUGCCACAGUAACAACAACAACAACAAAUUCUACUACUACCUUGAAUACUAAUUUGAAUGCCUAUACACAAGUGCAUAGUAAAAUUUGUCUACCGCUUAUCAUCUAUUCAUCAAUAAAUGAAGAAGGUGGAGAAGACGAAAAACAAUCUGUUCAACAAAACGAAGAUGAUGAAUCGACAUUUAAAUGGUAUUUGUCAUUCUCAGCUGUAAAUAACAUCUGGAGACCGAAUUUGGAUUGUUUAGAUGCAAUGAUUAUGAUGUUGAUGAACUGUGAUCAUUUUGUCAAUAGUCAAUUUAUGAAAAAAUUAGCCUCAAGUUUUAUUGUCAGCCUACUUCAUAAUGUUCAAUGGUGGUAUGAUCAAGAUACUUUAAAGAACCAAUCAACUGAAGUGCCUGAAUUACGCAAUUGGUUGAUGAUUAACUUGAAUCCAUCCUAUCCACUUGAAAAGUCAAUGAUUAGAAUUGAUAAAGCUUAUGUUAAUUCAUUAACAUUUUUAAUAUUGUUGAUUACUUCAGGUCUACAAGUGCUCAGUCAUAAGUGUACAAAAAUUCAAUUGAAAACUAUCAUGGAAAAUAUUUUAAGUUCAUUAGACUUAUCUAUAGUCAGUGAAUCAUGUUAUUUAUUUACUUUAUCCUAUUUAACUGAACAACACUUACCAGUUCAUUGUGUUCUGAUGCCACCUACAACUAUGGAAGGUCGUUUAUUCGGUUUCUUAGCUGCUGCUGGUGGUAUGAUUUCUAAAUCAUCAGAAGUACAAACUUCUACACAAAAUAAUCAAUCAACUAGACUCUAUCCAAAUAUUUCUAAUUUGUUGUUAGAUAAUCCAUGUACACAUAUAUAUCAACCAAUUGGAAUGAAUACAUCAUUACACUGUAAACGAUUAGCCUAUUUACGUAAGAUAAUAAAUCUUUUAGGAUAUGCUGUAUUGUGUGAUAAUAGUCUACCGUUGAAUGAAUUGGACAAUUUAUUUAUAGCAGAUAGUUUCUUGAAUUCAUUCAUGAAACUUCAUUUAUCGUCGUCAUCAUCAUCAUCAUCAUCGUCAUCAUCACAAUCAUCAUCAGCAACAGAUUCAUCUGUAGUAUCUGUGAUCUGGAGUAAAAUGUUAUCAAUGCUGCCUAAUUUAACAAGUAGUAAAAACAUCAAUAGAAACAGUUUAUCAUCAUCAUCAUCACUGUCAUCUGUAGAUGAUCGAAAUGUUACUUCAAAAUCUGUAAAAAUUUUAACUUGGUUACGUAUAUGUAAUUUGUUGUCGGAAUUGGAAGCUGUUGCAGGUCAAAUUGGAUGGGAGCCGUCAAGUUCACAAGAGUUUAAAAAGAUCGCUGAUUUGUGUAGUGAAAUAAUUUGUUUGGUGAAUCGUUCAAGUACAAGAAUGGAAUUUUUGUCUAAAUUAGAAAAGCCUAGAAUUCAUGCAACUAAUAAAACCCUGGUGUAUAUACCAGACUUUUUUGUUAAUGCUAUUAUAUUUUGGCUAUUAAAUGACUUAAAUGUAAAUACUCGAUUUGGCAUCAAUAAAGAGUUGACUAUUUUAACAACAACGACUUGUGUUUCGUCGUCGCCGUCAUCCUCAUCAUCAGUAGAUGGGGCAACGGAAAUCUUUCCUCAAUCGAAUUCAUAUGGUAUCGGUAUUAUGCCGCAUUCAAUCAAUGCAAAUCUGUGUAAACCACUUAUGUAUAGUAUAUUGUCAAUGAAUUCACCUGUUGAUCAAGAAACAGCAAGUCGAUUUGCACAAUUAUUAAAUGCUACAAUUUGGUGUAUAAUUGAUAAUGCUCCAAGUAGAAUUUUAUCUUGUGAUCGAUUUUGGAGUAUAUGUGAAGUUUAUUCACGGAUCUAUUUUCAACAGAAUAAAUCACACUUUUUACAGUCAGAUCUAUUAAUAUCUAUGUGUACACAGAAUAGCCUACACUUACCUUUACUAUUUAUUAGUUUAAGUCGAAUGGAUCAUUUUUACAGAUUAGCUAGUUUACAUCGAGAAAAUGAAAGUAUGCUGAAUACUGUACCAUCAGUGAAUGAAUACAAUGUGAUUAUUGCUGAUUGUUUGCAUUGGUUACAUUCGGUGGGGAUUUGCUGUAUGAAUGGAAUUGAUGACCAAUCAUUUCAACUUAAUGGAUGGAUAUUAUUUCUUAAUUUUGUUAUUAAUUUAAUAACCACAUCAAAGAACAAUUCAUUUACCAAUGAACCAUGUUGUUCUAAGCAUCCUGCAUGGUGUAGUCCAUUACAGUUAAAUGAUAACAAUAAUGAUAGUAUGUGUGCAAGUGAAUUCCAUUGUAAACGGCUGUCUUCCAUUUUAACAGAAUUUAAAAAUACUAUUAUUACUAAACUGAAAGCUAAACAAUCUAAACUGACAGGAGAACAAACUAGACAACUUACAAAGUUAUAUACUUUUGUCGACUGUUUAUGUUGUCUUCUUGAUGCAUGGAUGAUCAGCACCUGUUCAAAAGGGUUUAAGAAUUUAGAAAAAUUCUGUUCGCAGUCGUCAUCAUCAUCACAUUUUGAAGCAGGAAAAAUCAACAAUGAUACAAUGAGUAUGGAAGAGGGUAAUUCACUGAAAGAAAUGAAAUCAUCCAAGUUUGAAUAUGAAGAUCAUUCACUGCAUGAAUCCACUCCCAUAUCAUCUAUCAUAUCUUCACUUAUAAUCCGAUUGAAAUCGUUUACAUUACUUGAAGCCUAUAGAUAUUUAUGCCUUCAAUUUUGGACUGAUCUCAAACCGUAUGUAAAACAAAUCCUACAAAUAUGUUUCACACCGGCACAAGUAACUCAAUCAUCACGGAUAUCGUAAUGGACAGUAUCAUUAUUGUUAUGAUUACUCUUCUGAUGUGAUUUUUCCUUCUUCUACAUUACUUGACUGUAUAGAGAUUAUGUAUGCACCAUUUUCAUUGAACUAUUGAAUAGUGUAUAAAGAAAUUCAUUUCAUUUAUUAUUUUCCUUCAACAAGAAAAGAAAACAACACUAAGAACUUCAUUAUUCAAUCUGAAUUAGAUGCCUUUCAGUCAUUUGCAUAUUUUUUUAAAAAAUAAGACAAUACAUGACUAGUUUACUCUUGAUUUUUGAGUUGUUUGUAUGUUUGUGCGUGUGUGCGUGUGUGUGUGUGUGUGUGUGUGUUGGCACUUGUUCAUAAACUUUGUAAAGGGGUUAAUUUAUGAUUGAAUAAUUGUAUUUAUUACUGUGCACAAAUAUGCACUGGUGUAAUUGUUUAUUUUUCCAUUAUUUAUUAAUAUUACUAUUAUUUAUCCUCGUUUUUCUUUUUAUUCCCUGUUUGAAUCAACCAUCCAUCUUACUAAUUCAGUACUUAGAUUCUCUUAAAUAUUUGAAUAUUCAGUUUGUCCUUCUUUGUGAUAGUAACGAAAUGCAUUUUUAUUUGACUUGUUACCGACUCUUUGCGUGUGUGUGUGUGUGUGUGUGUGUGCAUAUAGCUAACAUGCCUCACCAUCAGAGAGAUAUACAGUUAUUUAUUACAAUAUUCCAUUUUCUUCUUGUUUCAUUUUUUUUACUGUGACAUGCACUACUUAACUGUUUAUGCAUUAUAUAAAGAAUCGAUUAUAUUAAGAUGGUCCUCAGUGUUAAAACUGCACUGCCAGUAUCCGGUAUGUUGUCAUUAAUAUAUUCAUAUUGUGUAUGAGAAAUGAGUAAUUUUGAAUGUAAUUUUACUGAGUUUAUUUAUUGAUUGUAAUUUUUUUUUUAAAAAAAAUCUACAAUGCCUCAUCAUUAAGCUUACAUAACAACAUACUGGAUACCGGUAGUAUAAAAUGGUAAGUUAGAAAUUAUGUUCGCUAUACGCUGAUUGAUGACAUCGAGACUGACCACUUCCUAUUGUGUUGAACAGUUCGACUGCUGCUUCUCUAAAAAUUCACUUUUCUAUGCUCAUGAACACCCAGUGUUGUGUGGUAAAGACUAUUGCUAGCUUUAUAUCAGUACACUUGAUUGAAACGAGUCAUAAGAUAGAUAUAAGUGAGUCACUUUCCAUCCUGUACUGGGUUCCCACCAACUUGUCUAAACGUACCCUAUUCACAACCUUUCAGACUGCAGAAACAGUGGCAAUCAGGCUGAAAUGAUCAGAGUUAUGUGUUUAAAAGAAGCGAAUAUUGCCGCUACAAUUGCUAUGAUCUGACCUGCCUCAAAUAAUCGAAUUCCAUACUCUAGAUACCCCUUUAUCACUAUAACAUGAAAUAAUUUUCCUUAAUUCUCCUUAACCUAUUUUGUCCCCUAAUAUGAGUAAUAUUCUGUUAAGCUAUUAUUCUGCAAAUUAUCUUUCUUAGUUUACUUCAUCCAGCACUUAUAAACACCUUCCUAUUGUUUUAUUAAACUAUCACUUUAUAGCAUUCAUUGCCUACGUUGUAUAUUUGUUUACAUAAUCAGUUACUUUGAAUUGAUUCCAUUAUUAACGUUAAUACAACAUGUUUCUGAAGUGACUU